AUGGAGUCUGGACCUAGUGUAACCCUCGAUCCCUACGAUGAAGAUUUUAAGAAGCUGGAGAUUUCUGCCGGUGAUUCCGACAAUCUGAUCACAGUAACGCUAUCAAAUGAAGAUCACACGCUGGGCAACUCGCUCCGUUGGAUCCUCAUGAAAAACCCCGAGGUGGACUUCUGUGGUUACAGCGUGCCACACCCGUCCGAACCUAAGAUGAACGUUCGCAUACAGACGAAAGACGGCAAACCAUCCGUGGAGGCGCUGCGAAAGGGCCUCAACGACCUGGUGUCGAUUGCCGAGUACACGCUGGGCACGUUCCAGUCCGAGUUCCAGAUGUUCGUGGACUCCAACGAUAUCACAGAGGACGGCUCCGAGGCCUCUGAGAUGGAAGAAUGA